AGCACGAACACAAACAUCUUUUAGAACAACGUUGUGAAUGUGAACUGAGAACUUCUGGAGAAAAUAACACUUUUUACUUUCCUUAGUCCUCCAUAUUGAAGAGCUCACUAGUUUAGAAGCACGUGAAUGAAAGAGUGCUUAAGUUGAGCAGCUUCUUGUAGGCUUGUGUGUGUAAAAGUUCGACGCGUGUGCCCUUCCAUCAUCAUGGAGACCGUUCCAACUGCUUCCACCAAGAAAAUGCGAGUUCGUAGCAAGUCCACCUCAGAUGUUGGUGACUCGCAAAAACACGACUUCGCUCCAAAUCUAACAGCAGUUAAAGGCAAAACCGGACUAAACGGCAGAGCUGCAAAUCACGAUGGUGUGGUGCGAAGAGAAAAGCAGCAGCAUGACCGAAAGUCCCGAACAGGUCUCAGAGGGCUUCCGAAAAAAGGUGGGGCUGGAGGCAAAGGUACAUGGGGGGCUAUUGGCGAGGUGCUGGAUGAAGAGGAUCUUAAAAUAAAAGAUCAUCAUGAUCCAAAUUAUGAAUCUGAAGAAGAUGAGGAUGAUUUUCAAAUUCAGGAGGUAAAACCAGAACUCACAAGUGAGGAGUUUGACUUGCAUGUUGAUCCAAUCAUCAUGGAAUACUUUGAGCAUGGUGAUACAGAAGAUGUGGUAUAUUCACUGCUUGAACUAAAUAUUGCUUCUCAAAAACAAAAGGUUGUGGCCCUUGCUGUAACUCAUGCAUUUGAGAAAAAGGCAUCACACCGAGAACUGGCAUCCAUUCUAAUCUCUGAUCUUUAUGGAAAAGUUUUAAAUUCAAAUGAUAUUGCAAAAGGUUUCCAAAGUCUUCUUGAGGAUCUUGAUGAUCUUUCCCUGGACACACCUGAUGCACCUGAUUACCUGGCUAAAUUUAUUGCUCGUGCUGUUGCUGAUGAUGCCCUUGCACCUGCAUAUGUGUCUAAUCAUCAUGAAGGCACAACACCUGACUCUUUACAAAGAAAAUGUCUUGAGGAAGCCAGACUGUUGCUAAAAAUGAAACAUGGAAUGUGUAGAUUAGACAGAGUCUGGGGAGUUGGUGGUGGACGACUCCCUGUGAAAUGUCUGGUCAAAAAGAUGAUCAUGCUCCUGAAGGAAUACCUAGAAUCAGAAGAUGUGGAAGAGGCAUGUAGAUGUGUGGAAGAACUUGAAGUGCCUCACUUCCAUCAUGAACUCAUUUAUGAGGCAAUAUACUUGGUUAUGGACAAGGAAUCAAAGCGCACACUUGAUUUAAUGAAGAAUCUUUUUAAAACCUUCUCUUCAGUGAAUAUUGUAACACCAGACCAAAUGAGAAAUGGUUUCCAGCGUGUAUUUGAUUCAAUGGAUGAUAUUACACUGGACAUACCUCAUGCCUAUGUGACUCUGGAGAAAUUUGUCAAUGAGUGUGCUAAGGAAGGUGUUAUUCCUAGAGCUUUGCUUCUCAAAAUACCAACAAGAGGAMGGAAAAGAUUUGUUAGUGAAGGUGAUGGUGGUAUGUUCAAGCAUACCUAAUUGUCUUAUCAGCUGUUACCAUGACAGCGACUGAGAGCAGCUGUAGAAUACUGAUGUUUGGGUGAUUAAUAAACAUGUGGUCUCUAAA